ACUUCUUUUACGUACUUGACAAGUUCUGUAACGACCCACUACGCUACAGUUUGCGGAUCUUCUUUCAUAAAUCACCUUUAUCUUUAUGGGAAACAAGCAGAGCAAGCAAAAGGCUCCGCAAGAAGAGACCGCCACACACAAAAUGCCGGAAAUUUCCUCCUACCCACAGACCAUUGAGCCCGCGGCUCCGCGGUCUUCCAAGGCUCCGGUUGACCCUCCGGUUCCGACCCCUUCCCGGAAUUCUCAACAACAAUCCGAAAGCAAGCCCGCGCCGAUCGACGUCACCAUUAUCCGCAAGGACGGUUCCAAAAAGGUCGUCCGGUUGAAUAAAGGCGAUCAGCUGAAGCUCAAGCCCGGGGAGAAGCUUGCGCCCGGCCAGAGCGACAAGCUCAAGGUCGAAUCGGUGUCGCAGGGACGCAGGCGUCAAGUCAGCACGGCCCCGCAGCCCCAGGUGCAGCAACAGGCUUCCAGGCCUGUUGUGGUGCAGCAACCGCAGCAACCAACCACGGUGGUGGUGCAGCAGCCGCCCCCGCAGGUGGUGUACGCCCGUCCCUAUCCCUAUGGCGGGUACUACGGCCGCCCGUACGGCUACGGCUAUGGCUACCCGUACGGCUACUAUGACCCGGUGCCGGGCGCCAUGGUGGGCGGAUUGGCCCUCGGCUUGGGAAUGGGAUUGUUGCUGUAA